AAAUGACCAGAUGCAAUAACUGCCACCGAUCAAUAUCAUAAGCGUUUAAAACCAAUUUGAUAUCGUCCACGCGACAACAAAUCACAAUCGCAUCUCGAACAAUGCGAGAUGAGGGGUGCGCACCCCAGCUGCGUACCGCGAUCGAUUGUGGACCGCGCCAACUUCUCGCCACGCUGCACUAUCCGACUACACGGUUCCCAAUUCAAACGUCCCGAUCUUUCAGCCAGUGUUUGUUUAUUUUUUUAUUUGUUUAAUUAACCUAUCCCGACCGUACGCCUAGGCAAUAACCUGCCAGUUCCAAGUGGUGACAGUUAUUUUUCAGCCAGUGUUAUGUGUUAAUUUUUUAAAUGAUGGAGGGGCGAAGGGCUUGGGAUGGCGUGCCGGUGGAGUCGCACUCGCCACCGCAGUCGGUGCCGGGGCGACGGACACCGCUGGGAGCUGUGGGGCUUGGAGGAUUCUACAUGCAAGGUGGGCAGCCGCCGCCGCCGCAGCACUGCUAUCAAACUGACGAGAACCAGCCGGAACCGGGGACCAGUUACGGUCAAAGACCUAUGGGCGAAGGAAAAUCAAAACAGAAAAUGCGACAAGGAAAAACAGUACGACUCAAUAUCAACGCUAGGGAACGGAGAAGAAUGCACGACUUGAACGAUGCACUCGACGAAUUACGAAGCGUUAUCCCGUACGCUCACUCACCCUCCGUCCGGAAACUGUCCAAGAUCGCGACUCUGCUACUAGCCAAGAACUACAUCCUUAUGCAGGCUAGCGCCUUGGACGAAUUGCGAAGGUUAGUAGCAUAUCUUCAAGGCACAGCGACGGCAACAGGCAUAGUGGUGCCACCUCCUGGCUUCGACCUGACCGGGCUACCUGCCGCAGCUAAGUUGUUGCAACCGCCCACGCUAGGCCCGCCAGCUCCGCCCGACCCACCAUCUUGAGAUCUGCCUCUGCCCGUCAAACUAGAACCCAUCGCAUCACCCCCUUAGUGACAUCGUACGAACAUGUUAGUGUACAUUUUGACGUUAAAUGUGAAGAGAGUUC